AGAGGAAUGGCUUUUUCGUACUGAAAUCUGAACCCGCUCCUCACUGGUUCACCCCUCGAUUUGGAUAACCUCCGCAGCGAGGAAGAGAACGCGAAAUUCUUCAUAAUCCUCUGAAGAAAACUACAACACAAGAUGGCUGCAAAUAAGCCCAAGGGUCAGAAUUCUUUGGCCUUACACAAAGUGAUCAUGGUGGGCAGUGGUGGUGUAGGCAAGUCUGCGCUGACUCUGCAGUUCAUGUAUGAUGAGUUUGUGGAGGACUAUGAGCCUACCAAAGCUGACAGCUACAGGAAGAAGGUGGUGUUGGAUGGGGAGGAAGUGCAGAUCGAUAUUUUAGACACUGCGGGCCAGGAGGAUUAUGCCGCCAUUAGAGACAACUACUUCCGAAGUGGGGAGGGCUUCCUCUGCGUCUUCUCUAUUACAGAGCUGGAAUCCUUUGCAGCCACAGCUGACUUCAGGGAGCAGAUUUUAAGAGUAAAAGAAGAUGAGAAUGUUCCAUUUCUACUGGUUGGCAACAAGUCGGAUCUAGAAGAUAAAAGGCAGGUUUCUGUAGAAGAGGCAAAAAACAGAGCGGACCAGUGGAAUGUAAACUAUGUGGAAACAUCUGCUAAAACCCGAGCUAAUGUUGACAAGGUAUUUUUUGAUUUAAUGAGGGAAAUUCGAGCCAGAAAGAUGGAAGACAGCAAAGAAAAGAACGGAAAAAAGAAGAGGAAAAGUUUAGCCAAGAGAAUCAGAGAAAGAUGCUGCAUUUUAUAAUCAAAGCCCAAACUUCUUUCUUAUCUUGACCAUACUAAUAAAUAUAAUUUAUAAGCAUUGCCAUUUGAAGGCUCAAUUGACUGAAAUUACUUUAACAUUUUGGAAAUUGUUAUGUAUCACUAAAAGCAUGAAUUGGAACUGCACUGAAAGUCAAAUUCACUUAAAAAAGAAAUUAAUGUGGCUUCACCAAGAAGCAGAGUUCAACUCCUUUCAUAAUUGCCUCCAUUUCUCACAGUCCUGAAUGUAGCGGGAGCUUGUUUCUUGGCAGUCCUUCUGUCUUGAACUGUUAAAUAAAGAGGUGAGAUGGGGUGGGGGCCGGGAGGAAAGGCCAGUUGCUUGAGUGUUUAUGAUAAAGCCUAAAUUUUAUAUCAUUUAAAAAUGUCUUGGUCUUCUGCUGCCUUGAUAAAUGACAAUUGUGAAUAUGAUAGUUGAACUGUCACUUUUAAAACCAUUGUUAUGCAAAAUAUAGAGGAAAAAGUUA